AUGUUUGCAGAGACCGAGGACGGCCCAGAUUAUAGAGGUGUCACCACGUUUGGAGCUGCUGUGUUGAUUGCAAAGGGUCAACUGGGUUUGGGUGUGUUGGGAAUUCCAUCAACUUUUGACGUGCUGGGCUUUGUGCCUGGUUUGAUCAGUUUGGUUGGCCUGAGUAUAUUGGUGACCUGGACAGGUGUUGUGAUUGGCCAGUUUAGACUUGCACACCCAAAAGUUUACUGUAUCGACGAUGCCACUGAAAUCAUGUUCGGUAAGGCUGCACGUGAACUUGUCGGUUGGGGUUAUUGGCUCUUCUACACCAUGUGUUACGGUGCUGCUUUGAUAACUGUCUCCAUUGCAUUGAACACAUUCAGUGAUCACGGUUUGUGUACGAUGGCCUUCAUUGGUAUAGCCACCGGUGCCACAACUAUACUCACUCUGUUUACCCGUACAAUGAAAGUGCUUUCAUGGCUGGGAUUCAUUGCUAUCUCUUGUAUCUUCUUCGCUAUUUGGGUCGUCGCAAUCGCUUGUCUUACCCAGUCAACACCUGCUGCUGCAGAGUCCUUAGUUGACCCUGCUAAGAAGGUGAUUCAAGUAGUUGCAACACACUCAUCGUACAAGAAGAUUGCAGCUGCUGUUUCUGUUCAGCUGUUAAGUUUGGCAGGUGGUGCCUCUUUCUUCACAAUCCAUGCAGAGAUGAAAGAUCAAACCAAGUACACCAAAUCUUUGCUCAUGGGACAAGGUUUCAUUGUGUUCAACUACAUUGCCAUUGCAUGUAUCAUGUACGCUAAAGUCGGUCAGUACAUCGCCUCUCCUGCCCUCGGAUCAGCAGGUAGAACUUUCCAAAUCAUCAGUUAUGGUAUUGCAUUCCCAGGUUUGAUGUUUUCUUGUUUCUUCUUAGCACAUCUUGCUGCAAAAUAUGCCCUGGUUCGUAUCCUAAGAGGAACAGAGCAUUUACAGAAAAACUCAAAGACACAUUGGAUAACAUGGACGGCAAUGGUUGCAAUUGUUAUUGCUGUUGGAUUCGUCAUUGCAGGUGCAAUCCCAUUCUUUGGUGAUCUUCUGGGUCUGAUUGGUGCUUUACUCGGAAGUAUCUUUGCACUCAUUGCACCGGGAUUCAUGUGCCUUUACGAUAUGAACUACAAGUUUGAAGGUAAGGUUCCAAGAGGUUAUACUUGGAUCUACAAGAACAAUGGUUCGUGGACAAAGAACUUUUGGACAAAAUUGGAGACGUUAUUGUCCUUCUUCUGCAUUGCCAGCGGAAUCUACAUUCUUUUUACCGGUGUCUACGGUUCAAUUGCAUCUAUUGCAGACCUGUACUCUUCAGGUGCUGUUUCCGGUGCCUUCUCAUGUGCUGACAACUCGUGA